CUAUCAUCGGAUGAUGAGCUUUAUGGCGAUCACACAUUGUGAUUCAAGGCCGCCUGGCCCUGCGGGAGCGUCUGCUCCCGCAUAUCACAUCAGACAAUGGUCUUCUGCUUCCCCAAUAUUGGGAUGUCGCUUGCCCCAUGCAACAGGGUAUUGGGAUCCUUUCGGGGACUGGGCCUCUCUUGGUUUUCGUCGCUCUUCACGGAUUACGUUCCAAUAGAGACGCUUUUCAGAGUGUGGGAUGUCUUUCUUGUUGAUGGACUCGAUGUUCUCUUCCGCGUCGCCUUAGGCAUCCUUCGCAGUAACGAACAGGAGCUGAUAGAAUGUGAAUCCAACUCCGCUGUUUAUGUAUCUCUAGAGAACUUGCCUACCAGGAUGUGGCAAUCCGAUAAACUACUACCCUGACCGAUUGGGAUUAGCUGGAGCUCGACCUUAGAAACACGAUCUCGCACGCAGAUCUCUACCGGAGACGAGAAAUACACGUUGUUGCACUCAAGCAUCUUAGGGCAUAGCUAUACUAAUCUUCCACAUAGCUAUUGUUUCAAUUGUUGUUGC